AUGGCUGACGGUAACAACUUCCAUGAUCAACGGGUAAACCAAGAAGAUCUGAAUCAAUUGUUUGUGAGUUUUCAAUGAACUUCUUUUUUAUGAAUAUGACAACUAUUUCAUUUAUUUUCUAUAGCAACUUCCCUCAACGAGUCAAACGCGUAUGGAAUGGGAGCCCAGUGUCCAAGAUCAACCAGGUUGUAGCGGAACUGGCGCAGGAUAUAGAGCCGAAGAAGUGGUUCCAUAUGAACUCCCAGAGGAUGAUCCCGAAAACUUCGAAGAAGAUGACGAUGAAAUCGGAAAUGAAGAAGAUAUUGAGAACGGAGAUGAAGAAGGCUACUUGGAAGACGAAGAGAUGGAAGGAGAAGAACUGGAGGAAGGCGAAGAAGGAGAGUACGAUGAGGAAGAAUAUGACGAAGACGAGCAGGAGUACGAGUAUGACGCCGAAGGGAAUCCCAUCUAUCCUGAAGAUCCGGACGAGUACGACGACUCGGAACUUGCCGAAAUUCUACUCUCAUCCAACUCGAUGGAAGGAAAGGCCCUAAUUCUCAACGCUUAUGAUCGGGUGAGCUUUUAUGGUUUUGAAUGAUGAAAAUUUAGCAUUUUUCCUGUUUUUCUAUUUAGUUGAUUAAAGUUUUUCAAUCAAGAUGAAGUGAGAAAUAAUUUUUGAAAAAAAGAAGGCCUCGAUUUUGAUAAAAUUUCAUGGCCAACCUAAUGAUGUCUUUUUCUGCACACUAUGAGAGAAAAUCUCGAAAAAUUAAUAUCCCAGAACUGAAAAAUAAGUUAAAGGUCUGUAGCGCAUAUUUCUGUAUAGCUUUCAUUAACUUUUAUAUAAAAAUAAAUUUUUUUGCCAAAUUAUCGCUUCACCAAGAAAUCCAAUUAAUAAUUGGCGCUAUAGAAGUUUUUAGAAUUUUCGGUACAAUGAAUUUCGAACUUUGAGAAAAAAAAACAUCUGAUGAGCUCAAUGAAUACUUUUUUCACUUUUUUGUUAGCAUUGUUUAAAAUUCAAACAGCGGUGCCAUUUUUUGUAACUAGAGACAAAAAAGGAAAGUUUUUUCCGUAAUGCAAGGAUACGUUCUAAGUUUGUUAUUCCUCCUUGAGAUAUACAUUUUUGUUUUUUCUCCUAAGCUUGAUUUCAAUUUGAACUUCGAAGCGCCUGAAUACACAACUGAAAUAAUUGAAGGUCCGAGAGCCGCAAAGAAAAUUGCCGCCGCACACGUUAGCUCAAGUGAACGCGAGAGCCCUCAUGACGGAGCUGUGCUGUCCGAUUUGCCUGGAUCUCCUGUCCGACACUUUGACUACGAAGGUUGGAAUCUCACAAAAAAACCUAUCAACUUACGAAUAAUUUCCAGGAAUGUUUGCAUCGUUUUUGCUCAGAAUGUAUCACAAUGGCGCUAAUGCGCGGUAAUAAGGAGUGUCCCACUUGUCGCAAAAAACUCGUUUCUAAGCGAUCACUACGUCCUGAUCCAAAGUUCGACCUCCUUAUUUCAAAGGUACAGUAUAAAUCCCACUCCUGAAGAUUUAUAUCAUUUGUUACAGAUCUAUCCAGAUCGUUCGGUUUUCGAAAAAAUGCAAGCGGCCAUGCGACAAAAGAAACCGAAAAAGUACACCAGAAAGCAUAUGAGAGGCGUCAUUCAAGGAGUCGCGAGACAAGAAGAAAGCAUCGAUAGACAGAUUUCUACCUUCAAAAAAUACAGUGAGUGGGAUAAAAACGGAUAGAAACGCUAUUAGUUUACGCAACAAAAAAGCAAUAUGAGGAAAAAAAUUGUUAAAUAAGAAAAACUAUCUUGAAACUUUUUACCAAAAGCUGUUUUCUCAGUUUCGAACUGUAAUCAGAUUGCAAGAAGCGUGAGAUUUAUGGGUGAUGAAUAUUUGGGGGUAUCUAUUUUUUUCCGCUAACACAGUUUAAUACAAAAAAAUUUAUAACUUAAAAAAAUAAUUUCACUCCGACUGAAAAAGAAAAACUUUAAAAAAACUGAAAAUAAGUACCUCCGCACCUUUUUUUCCCAAGAAACGUGCACAAAAAAAGUAAUAACGUGGGAUAUAUCAUAUACUUUUUAUUUUAUGAGGCACAAGCACUUAUUAAUAACUUUUUUGAACUUUUUUUUUUUGAUUUUUUGAACUUUUUUUUUUGAUUUUUUUGUAAACGUAAAUUGUUUUCAGGACGCAGUUUCGUUGCGGGGGUAGAAACGGAGGAAAAAGAAGGCGACCAAGAGACGAAAAAUGUGAUUACGAUAGACGGAAUCGAGAUCGAGAUGUGCUCUCAACCGGCUAGUCCUAAACCUAAAGAAGAACCCGAAGCCGUUGAGCAGCCGAUUGACGAAAAAGAGGAAAAGACGGAAGACGUCGAUAGAAAAUCAGAAGAAAGAGAGAAACAAGACCCCAUUGAUCAACCAGCUGCUGAGGAGAAAGCUGAAGCUACAGUAGUAGAAAACGCAGUCGAAGGAGAGGAAAAGGUGACUGAAAAUAUCGAGAAGACGACGGAAGAAACGGAGAAACAACCGGAAAGGGGAUCGAGAAGUGGCUCUGAGAUGGUUUCUGUUUGUUCCUCGAGCGAAGAGAAAGACACGGAAGACAGUGGAUCGGUUGGUUUUUUGUAGUUCUACUCUACAGUUUUUUAACUUUUCAAAACUGAUUAGACUCAUUAUCUUCCCAGUAAACCAUCAUAUUCGAACCAAGAAAAACUCAUAUAUUGAGUUUUUUUCAUUUUCAAGAUUAACUCGAUUCCAGUAAAAAAAAAAAAAUAAUUUUCAAUUAAUAAGGAUUCAUUUCAGACAACCUCCACAAAUGAUCCGACUCAAAUUGGUGAUUUAAAAACGGCCCGUUAUCGUCUAGUAGCUGACGCAGAUAGCGACGAAGACCUCGACGAUCCUGACGGCGACUUCUUAUGCGAAGAGAACGAAGAUGAAGAGGACGAAAAUAUAAUUAACGAUAUCGUCGACCAAUUGUUGGACGACUGCGAGGAAAUGCUUCAAAGUGAAGAUCCUCGGGAAAAGUCCGUCUCUGAGGAUGAACUUUCUUUUACUAUCAGUGGCGAAUCCGAUUCUGAGGAAGAAAUGAGUACAAGCUCUUAUGAGACAGUGAUCGACGAGGAUGAACUGGAAGACGAAGAAGAAGAAUAUUACGAUGACGAGGAUUACGAAGACGAAGAUGAGUAUGAAGAUGAGGAUGAAGAAGAGGACGAGAUAGAAAGUUCUCCUGAAGCAAACGAGUUGGAGGAAGGUUCUUCGGUAGCAGGAAUCGUGGUGGAAGCUGAAGCUUCAAGCUCUGAGAAGCCUGAUGUGCCCACUGUUGAGAAUGCCAAAGUGCAGAGCGUUGAAAAGUCUGAAACGCCAAUUGUUGAAGGAGCUAAUACGGAAAACGAUGCAGCAGCGAACUCCGAAAGUGUCAACGUCGAGCCUCUUCAAGGUAAUCGUUGAUUUUAUUUCAAACUUUGGAAAGUCAUAAAUUAAAAAAGACGUUUAAAACUCUUAAUGUUGGUUGACUAGCAAAAUCUUAGUUUCUUUGGAGUUAAUAUAGUAAAUUUUUGUUUUGAGAUCUUUAUAACUCAUUUUCGAAUUUUGUUCCAUUGACAACUUUUUGAAAAAUGCGAAAAACUGAGUUCAAAUGUUCUUCAUUGCAGAUGAUGGUGAAGAAGAUGAGAAGAUGGAAGUAGAUGACGUCGAGGAGGACUAUGAGGAAAAUGAAGAAGACAACGAAGAGGAAGAGGGGAGCGAGAGCUCUGAGACAAGCGUCUUCACAGGUAGAAAAUAAAAAAAUCUCCCAUUCAAAACUUUAUUCAGAUUACGAUCACGGUAGUUACAACGAAGAAGCAGAAAAAGAAGGUUUCAAAGAGCAGUUCGACUCCAAUCCAGCUUAUUACGUGAUGACGAAUGGCGAAGAAAUCGGUUGGUUUUCAUUUAACUAAUUUGGGAUCAUUUUAGUUCUGUUCAGAGUAUAUAUCACUUGAAAAAUCUCGAUCAUAUUGAACUUUUGCAGAAACAAAGAAAGACACUCGGAGUGGCGAAGAGAUGGAUGAUGAUCUUGAAAACAUCCCCGGAGGCGAACUUCAGCUGGAUGACGACGGAAACAUAAUACCUGCGUCUCUGCCUUUUGUGGAAGUCAUCCAAGAGCCGACUUCAAGAAUCUCGCCCUUGACAGUCGCUGCAGCUCCACCAGUGCAAGAAAUUCCUUUCGUCCCUCCGGUAGCUCUUCCGAUUGGGAUAGCUCGUCCAGAAGAGCAGCUGCAACCCGACAUGAGACCUGCUCCAGCUCCUGUCAUCCCCUCAGGUCUUGGGGAGCGUGUCUUGAUCCCUCAAACUUCCUCUGCUUUGCCUACUCAGUUCGCUCCAUUGACAAUUCCUCCGCAGCCAAUAAGUCGCCCUGCUGCUCCACCAGUUGCUCCAGUUGCUCCAGUUCCUCCGGCUCCUAAAGAAGCUCUCAUAAGCUUUUCGAAUUCGCCGACGGCUAGACCUCCGGUUAUUGCUCGCAAAUCGGGCGCCAUUUCUAUCAUGAUGAUCAACCAAUCGGCUGCUCUUCCCGCCAUGCAUCCAAGGAAGCCGUCGAAUUCUGACUCAAGAAUGGAUCUUCCAGGUAUCUUUGAAAGUAAUUUUUCAAUUAAGCAAUCGUUCCACGAAAAUGAAAAAUUUUGAUAUCAGCCCUCAUUUUUUUCUGGGUUCGCUAAUUAAUUGAUUGAAAAAAAGUUAAGUUUUCUAGAAGAUCUUUUUUCGAUUUCUGUAUAUUCCCGGAAAUAUCAAUUUUUUGACAGUAACUGUAAGGAAUGAGUAUGUUUCAGAACUUGAUAAUUUUUUUCAGUAAAAUCCCCCUUUUUUUCAACCAAACUUGUGACAAAAAUUGUUCAAAAAAUAUAUUUCUUUCAUUGAUAAUUACUUCUUUGAUUCAGGUUGAUAUCAGAUUCAUGCUCUUGAAAUUAUUAUAACAAGCAACUUAUUAUAAUGUCAAUAAUAACUUUGCGCUCUCUUUAGAUAUAGAAACUUUUUUUGAAAAUUCUGAACGACAUCUAUUUUCAAUUUGUAUGAAAAACAACAAAAAUUUUUCAGGAAGUUCGAAAUUAGCCGAUUCUAUGGAAGCCAAACUAAUGGAAAGGAGGAAACCGUCAAUCACAGCUCCGCUGGAAGCCAAGUCCGAGUUGAUAGAAAAAGUAUGCCGCCCAGUUCAAAAACCGAGAAUAAGCAAGGAAGUGAAUGUGCUGGAUGAUAGCGACGAGGAUAAAGAAGAGAACAACUACGAACUCGACCUGAACGACGAAGAAAUCCUUCUGCUUAAGGGGAUGACUGCAGAUCAGCUUGACGACCUCAUCGAAGAAAUUCUCGUACAGGACGAAAAUGAGGAGAAAGAAACUCGUGCUAAAAACAAGGCAGAGGGAAAGCCAGGAGAGAUCGAGUUGAGCGACGACGACAUUUCUUAUUUGUCCUUUGACGGCGAUUCUGAUGGUUCCGAGGAAUCAGAAGAAUCGGAAAACGCGGGAGAGGACGAGCAAGACGUAGAAGCAACGGUGGAAGGCGUUGAGGAAGAAGAUGAAGAAGACGACGAUGAUGACGACGAUGAAGAAGACGAAGACGAAGAGGAGGAAGAAAGUGCUGAUUCUGACAUUGACGAUGUGGAAGAUCAAGAAAUGACCACAGACGAAGAUCUGGCGGUGAUUGAGACUGAAGAAAAUCCUGGCGAAGAAGUCAUGGAAAUUAAUAAUGGACGUCAUGAUCUGGACAGUGAUUGCACGUUCGAUGAAUGGGACCAAAUGAACGAGGUCAGUCGGUUUUUUGAAAUGUUUACAGACGUAAUACUCCACGCCCAAACUGACUUCUCUCCAUGCGUAAACUUUCCAUUCAAUUCACAGCCAUUGUUAUUUUCAUGCAUUUGUUCUUCUAAAAAUGAGUUCUGCACUAAUCUAAUCCCUUGCUUCUUGAACUUCGAAACAAGAUGAGGGAAUUGGAUUCAUUUUUUUUUCGUUAUUGUUGGCUUCAUAUUUCCUGAAAGGCAAGCUUUUAUUUAUAAAUAAGAAAUACAUUAUUGUUUUAGACGUUGUGCGUUUCUGAGAGACUAAUCCUUUUUACAGAGUUCCCAAUUUCUCACAAACAUUCCCGUUGCCAUGAAACAUCCGCGCAUACCUUUUCCCAUAUAUAUUUCUCGUUUUUUAUUAGUUUUUUUUCUUGUGGGAAACAAAUCUCAGACGGUGAGUAUGAAUAACUCCUCCAAUUUUUGGUCAGAAUCGAUUCAUAGGUAGUCAUUAUUUAGUAUGCUUAGUUGAUAGAGAUUGUCAAGAAAUCAUGGCUCAUUUCUAAUUGAGUUUCUAACAUCAUCCAAUUAAGUAUUCUUGAAUGAACUCUAGACUGACAAGCGAAAUUCCAGGAACAACUCGACGCUGAACUAUUAGCAAUUGAAGCAAUUGUUCUCGAAGAUCCGGAUGGGCUUCUCACUGACCGAUUGAAGGAACGUUUAGAAAAAAUUGAUACAGACAACCAAAGUGAGUGCUCUAAUUGAAAUCGCUCUAUGAAUUGAAACUUUUCUUAAAUGAACUCUAAACCGAAAAAAGUUCUUUCAUAGAGAAUAAAUAUAGGUUCAUCAAAAAGUUUUUUCUUAAUAGGCGAAUCGUCAUUGUCGUCUUUCGUCUCCUCUGGAGCUUCUUCGCUGAACUCAAGCGUGGCUUCGUCAGUACUCGAGAUUCCCCAAGACGUGCUGGAGAAGUAUGAAGAACAGAGAAAACUCGAGGAAGAAGCAGCGGCAGCGGCCCAAGCAGCAGCUCAAGCGGCAGCUCAAGCUGCGGCUCUAGCUCGACAGAGAGAGGCUCAGAUCGCACAAGCAGCUCAAGCAGCACAGGCUGCUCAGGCGGCCCAAGCUGCGCACGCAGCUCACCUUGCAGGUCUUAAAUAUCCUUCCAUGUGGAUUUAUUUUAAAAAUUAAUGAGUCAUGAAAGAUGAUAAGGAUGUUCUUUGGGUUAAAAUCUUAAAUUCUUCAAAACAUGUUUUUGUUAUUAUUACAGUGAUGACUAGCGUUUUUCCACUUCCCCAAGUAGACCUUAUCAACUUAUCGUAAUUAAAGCAUUUGCGUGCUCUCUUGCUAUAACCUUUUUCCCGCAGCUCACGUGAGAAGCGGCAAAAACAAGUACAUUUUCGCGCUUCUUACCUUUGAAUACAUUCUGCGCACUUGUAUUGCGAAACGAGCUCUCAGACCAGGAACUUAGUCUUGUUCUUGAACUUGUAUAACUUUCCCAAAAAAGCGUGCUUACGAAACUAAAGCUGACGAAGGAUAGUCUGAACUAAACGAUGAUUUCCGAAUGAGACGAGAAUCGAAGCAUUUAGGUUUUGAACAUGAGUUUUUAAUUUAAACGUAACUAAAUGUCGAAAAAUGAUUCGCUCGAGAAAAAAAAAAUACUAUCAGUGAUUUAAAUCUCAUGCAUUAGAUAUAUUGGGAGUACAUACCUUCCUGGUCAGAGAAUCUUGAAUUCAGAAGAUCUUGAUGAUUGAAAAAAUUCCACUAACUCGUUUCGAUUAGAACUGAUGAAAUCGAAAGUGAUAGUUUUUGCAGAACUCAAAAGACUACAGCAAAUCCUGCGAGAUCCAAUUUACGGACCUGCUCUGGCUCAGGCUCUGCCGCCUCAGAUUGUCCAACAACUCAUGGCUAACCAACCUCCGCCGGACCCGAACCCGCCGGCUACACCCAAUCCCCCAAGGCCUAUGGCAGCGAACUCAGUGGUAAUUUUUUAUGAAAGUGUCAGCAUGUGAAAAAUACAAUGAAAGGAAAUCCAGGUCGAAACUUCGCAUGUCAAUUUAAAAGAAGACUUUUUUAUUGGAAUUUCGUCCCCAAUCAGCAGUCUUAUCUGUUUUAUACUUGAGUAGACCUAUUGCAAAACCAUUCAAUUGAGAAUGAAACUGCUUCCGAAAAUCCUUAGCUUCCAAACUUUUGCGUUGACGUCAGUAUGAAUGAUGUUGCUGAGCUGUACUUCUCGAACGAAUGUGUUUCUUCGGGUACAACUCCUGCUACAAAUCGAAGAAGGCGAAAGGGAUUUGUAUGUGAAAAUGUAUUGGACUUGGCACUCGUCCGAAAUAACUUCUUUUAGAAACCUUUCGUAGACGUCAUUUUUCUUGGAACUUUUCAUACUUGGAAAUGCGCCUAGCUUUUACAGCAAAUGUCAAUCGUCCAAUCACCUCAACCUUUGCAUGCCGUUCUACAGCAAAUGAACCAAACGGUCAGGAUUAUAUAUGAUGAACAUGCAUGCUUCUGAAACGCAGGGAAAAAAAUUACAUACAAAAUCUUGCAUUCUUGCUUUUUUGGUUCAUUCAGUGUGAAGAUAUUGGAAUAGAUUGAAAACACCUGAUGAGUCAGAUGUGGAAAAUAUUUGCUAACAGAAGAUCGAAAAUCUAAUUAUUGUUGACGCUGGUUAUUCAGGAAACUGAUUAGACUUUAAUUGAAGUAUCUCGCGUGUCUGUAGAGAAGUAACACCUACGUCGAGUAAUGUCUGAUUAGUCUCAAAAUUAUCCACUUAGUGAGAAGUUUGACCGAAUAGUUUACGGUGAGUUAAAUUCUGAGUACUAACGACUCACCUCUUGUCUUGAGCAACUUCAAUUAUUCAAUCAGAGGUGCAGAACAAUGAGACACACAUCGGACAGGAAUCUAUUUUCCCUCAGAUCUUAUUUUAGUUUUCCCAGGGAAUCAACAAGCGUUAAAUGUUUUCCCGUGUCUAAUAGUUCCUUUCACAUAUAUUAAUAGCAAAAUUUAAGAGAAAUCCCGUCGGACCUAACCAAAUUCAAAUGGUGAGAAACGAAAACGCCGAUCUCUCACAGCAACCAUCGACCUCGCAAAACGCCGCUCAAGCGGUCCCACAGCCCCUGAUGCGCCAACCUCCACCGAGCGCCGUGCCGAGGUAUAUUUCUUGCAGAAAUUUUGUUAUCCUAUAAAUCAAAAGUGUACAAGUUUGAUUUGAAUAGGGGCUCCAUGAAGAAGUCUCCGACGGAUAGAAAAAAACUGACUUUAAAUAUUCUUUUUCAGUUUCGCGACUUUUUGGUUACUUUCAUGAGAGUUUUUUUAUGAGCUUCAAAAAAAGGUUUCGUUCAUUGAAAAAAACAAAUAAACUGAAGAUGAAUAAUAAAAAAAUUGAAAAAAAGAAAUCAAAAGUCUUGAAUUUCUUUUACAGAGACAACAUUUUUCAGUUUUUCAAAACAGAGGUCUCUUUUCACAUGAUCUAUUGAAUUAUUGGUUUUCCGAAAAUAAAGAUAUCUUUGCACAAAAGUGACGACAUGUGCAGGUUCAGUUUGAAAACUGUCUUCUGGUGCGUCCAAUAGUAUAUCAUAUCAUGUUCUGAGUCUCAAAAUGACACUCUUGCAAAAUGUGUAUAAUUUUUUCGAAAAUUAUUUCUCAGAAACUUCGAGUCCGAAAUCAAAGAACUUGAAAAUUUUUUUCCCUCGGUCAAGCAGAUAUUACUUCCUCUCGUUGUUUCUGUCAUAGACGUAACUGAGAAACGGAUGACAGAGAGUUUCCGCUUCCUACUAGUCUAAGACAUAAUUAUAAGUUCGAGUUCAAAACUCAUUGUCCACGAAGUUGUUAUCAUCUGCAACAACUAGUAGUUUGAAGUAAAGUUUGUAGCGAAAAUUAUAGCUCUGAAAAACUCCUAAUGACAUGUUGCAAAUUCAUCGAUGACUGCGACUAUGAGUAGCGUCUGUCAUCUACAAAAAUCACUUUUGUAGAGCUGUGCCGAACCCACAUCGAGGACUUCUGAUGGGGCCUCCGGCUGUGCCUGGAGCCGUGGCUUCUCCUUUCGGCGCCGUUGGAAACGCGCCACAACAAGCACAGAACGUAUUCGCCCAGCCCGCUACGCCGGCGCCGCAGCGACCGCCCUCGAGAAUGCCAGCCGCCGCAAGGCCUGCCUCCGCGAUGCCGCCGACCAACAGCCGACCCUCCGGCUCCAUUCCCAUCCCAGUACAAGUGCCGCCGCCCAACGCGCCUCAGCCCUUCCCAGCGACCAUGUUGCUCACGUGUCUCACGACUCCCAACAAAGGUGGACUCACUCAAGGACUGCCAAGGGUACGUUGACGACUUCUCAAUGAUUUUUCCCCUAAAUAGAUUCUCUUUUCACAUCUCCACUAGAAAACAUUGCUUGCGUGAUUCGUGAUAGUCAAUCGGGCCUUUCAAAAUUUUGAUGGUUUUUUGCGCUAUGUCCAUUUCGAAAAAUCGCUAGAAAGGUCAUAAAUUCUUGAGAGACGUGAGUCUCCGCCCCUUUUUACGAGGUUAUGAAAAUAAGGAAAAAGACACUUUUUUAUUGCAAUCAAAAGUUUAUGUUAUUUUCGCGAAUAUGGAUCACAUUUUUUUUGAAAUUCGUCUGAGAAAUUAUUUCUUUGUUUUUCUCCUAUUUUUUGAAUUUCAAAAAGUCAUUCUAAAGCAUAGGAAACAUUCUCUGCUUUCGAUAACUAACUCUAAAAUUUUUUUCAGAACUUAUAGUGCAAAAAAACGGGCAUUUUUUUCCAGAAUUAGGUCAACAAAAAAAUUGAAGGAGUGUACGUAAUCAAUAACCUCAUUUUUUCUCACAUCAAGUAAUUUACAUUCGGAAGUAAAAAAUAACUUAUUUUCCGAGUGAUUGCGUAAAAAAAGAAUGCGUCAUACUUAUCACGUAUUUUAGGAAAUGAUUACUUAGGUAAUUAGUCAGGCGUGCGAAACUUUUCCCCCUUUUUCUGCAAAGCUUAUGCUCAUGACGCCGAUCAGAAGUCACUCACGUAGUGAAAAACUUCUUCCUAGUAAACUAGCUAAGCAAAAAAAGGAUCUUAGGUGUGUUUCUUCAUGUUUUUCAUGUUUUUUUGAUGAAAAAAAUUAAUCAUCUCUCUGCUACCAUUUUUCCUUGAGCAAUUUUAAAUUAUUAAUGCUUCAAUUAAAAUUUUUCAGCAACCCAACCAACCAGCUCAAGAAGUACCUGCUCUAUCUCCACUGGUCGCACAGAACAACGCCCCUCAGCUUCUGGCGAAUCGAAACAUGAUGAUGCAGCAAGCGGCGAUGCAAAACGCUUUGAAUCAACAGCAAGCUCAACAGCAGCAGCAAGCUCAACAGCAGCAAGCUCAACAACAGCGUCAAAACCAUCAGCUGCAGUUCCAACAGGCCCAGCAGCUACAACAGCUCCAACAAGCUCAACAAGCUCAACAAGCUCAACAACAAGCAGCUCAAGGACAGAUAAACUUCCCGCCGGGAUAUCCAAUUGGUCUGCAGAACUUGUUGAUGACCAACAUGCAUCAGCGAGCAAAUCCUGAUGAACCUCAAGACCUCAUCGCGAGAUUGACGCCACAAGUGCCACAAACGCAAGCUCAGCAGUUUAACGCACAGAUCUUGGCGAUGAUGAAUCCGUUACUUGCACAACAGCUUCAAAUGGCUCAAAUCCAGGCUGGAAUGAAUCCUCUUCUUUUGGCCCAGCAACAAGCUGCGGCGCAGCAACUUUUCCAACAUCGUGUCGCUCAACUUCCUCCUGGACUACAGCCUUCGAUGCAGCAGAUUGUCGCUCACCAACAGGCUCAGCAAGAAGCAACUCAAAGGCUUCUCAAUCAACAACUUCUCCAACAGAAACAGCAGCCUACAGCUUCGGGUACGAAAAAAAGAAAUACACCACCCACGUCGUCUGGACAGCCGCCAGCUAAGAUGCCAAAAACGACGAAGAAAGGACGGCCGCCAAAUCAACAUCCUCCAGCUCCUCCAGUUCCUCAGUUCCCGAACCCUCAAGCGAAUCCUCAAACACAGGCUCCUCAUCUGAUGCCUGGAGGCUCUCAACAGCGGAUGAUGCCUUUCCCUCAGAUGCUGCCUCCGCAAAUGCUUCCACCAAAUGUGCGACCAGGAGGAGCGCAGGAAAUGGCCUCACAGCCCACGAUGAUGCAGAUUGUGCAAAACGGACCACAGCCUUCAGUACACGACUUGAUUGCUGCUGCCAAGCCACCUCCGCCGAAACCUCAACCUCAAGCGGCUCCGCAGCCUGAAGCGUCGCCGAACGCUCUUGCUCAGCGCAUGCAAGCCGCCACGCCUCAACGUGCUCCUCCACCGCAGGUUUUCGCUGCUCCGGCGACUCCAGCUCCGCCGCAAAUGAUGCCUCCGGGCGUCUUGUCACCAGAGCAGGUUCAGCAGCUGAUUCAACAGCACGUGCAGCAAAAUACGGCUCUUGCUUUCAUGCAGCAGAACGUUCAGAACAUUCUGCAAAUGCAAGUGAUGCAAAACGCUCAGAAUCAACAGAAUCCUGGAAUGCCUCAGCCGCAGGUGGCUCCUCAAGCCGUACCGUAUCAUCAAAUUCUUCAACAGGCCCAGAUGGCUGUACAGCGUCAGCAAAUGGCGGCGAACCAAACUCCAGGACAAAACUCCGCAAUUGUUUCUCAAGCUCCGCAAGGGAACGCAGCACAACCGGUGCAAACUAUCAGACCGACAAUGAAUCCGCCGCUUCCGCCUUUUUUACAGCCCAUCAUGCAACAGCAUCAGCAGAAACAGGAAAACCAACUACAGUUGACGUCACAGUCACCGCAGCAGCUCCAAAAUCAACAGAGGCCGGCACAACCCGCCUCUGUCAUUCAAAAUACCGCGAACAUGCCCCGCCCGAUUGAUCGCGGUUAUCCAGAAGGCCUUCUUCUCCCACAAGGAUCUUCCGCAUCUGCUACUCCCAAACCCAAUUUCAAUGAAGCUAAAGAAGCUGGACCAUCGAGAGCUCAACCAGAAGAACAUGCAAACUCAACACCAUCCAUCGCCAUGACGCCGACCCGCGUUUUCUUCCCACCAGGCCAUAUGAAACCAGCUGAAGAUACUCCAAGCUCGGCCAUUUCCAUGAGACCAGUCAUGACUCUCACAGUUCCAUCGACUACUUCGCAGGCUGCGGGGCCUACGCCUCUUCCGAGCUGUAAGUGAAAUUGGCGUGAGUCAGGUAAUAAACGUGAGAAAUUUUCAGUGUCUUGCGUUCUUGGCGACCAUCCUCCAAUAGGCUCGGCGUCAACUUCGAUGUUGCCGCUGGGAGGCCUGGCAGAAGCUCAGAACAGAGAGAACUUGAUAAAUCGUCCGCCUCAACCAAUGUUCCACAUUCCAAAAGUUCCUUCGGCGCCAGUGCUCCCGAUAGGAUCUGUUGCUCAAUCUCCUUCUGCUGCACAUUCCAUGCCUGGUUCGGCACCUCUUUCGGCUUCUCCGGCAAUUGUUCCUCCGACAGCUUCUAUCAAUCUCAAGGUUGGAACCGAAAUCGUUUGAUAGAACCUACAAAACCUCAUGAUACUUUUUGUGACAGUGUAAAGCUGGUGAAAAACGUUCAAUGGAAAUCUUUUUUUGUUUUUUUGCUUUCUGAAAUGACUAGUAAGAAGAUAGCAAUUUUUAAAGGCCAAUAUACUUAAGAAAAAAUAAAUUCCCGAAACUAUGAUUCUUAAUUUCUUUCUAGUAAGUCAUCAAAAACUGCAAUUACUCGAGUUUUUCAAUGAGCAAGGAAAAUGAUCAUCUGGUUCAGGACCGAAUGUACAGCUGGCUGGCAGACCAUCCAAAUUCUCCCCUGCAGGUGGAAGACAGCAUGGAAAAAGAUUUGGAAAGAAAAGUGAGAAAAUCGAAGGAUUGCACAGAAAAAAAAUUGUUUUUCAGCCUGAAGAAACUGACGGACUUGAUCGACCCAUGAGUGGGACUGAUGAGGUAAAAAGGGCUCAAUUUGCUUUUCGCACAGUUUUCUUUGAGAUCGAAGUCGAAGUGCUGCCAACGGCAUCUCUGUGCAAGAGACAAGUUCCAAGAGAGUUGCUCACUCCGCGCUAUUUCAAAAUGAGACACGAUACUCUCAGUGAGUUUUUGCAACAUAAGCCAGUAAACUAAAACCAAAAAGGAGAUCAGUAAAUUUAAUUUUUUUUCAGUGGAGCACAUUUCGAAUGUGGUUCACUUGCGGGUCAUGGAGGAAGCUCAGCUCAAUCAGACGGACUUCGAUGCGGAUCCUGUCCCAACGAUUCCAAAAGCUGAACAUUUCUAUGUUUUGGUAGGUUUUCAACAUUAGAAGACAGAAAGUGUGUGAUAUCUCAGAGAGCUGAAUUCUCUCAACUUUUUCUUAACAACGGUAAAAAAGGUACAUAUCACGUAAAAGUCUCUUUGUGAAUUCGGAAAAACAUUUCUUGAAAAAGACGUAAAAGGCACAUAAAAAUCGAUUACUUCGAUUGGGCGGUCUUCAGAACCGCGAGGGAGGUCUGCACGUGCGCAAGAUAUUCCCACGCGAGACGGUAUCGAUGGCGUUUAUGUCGGCGUCGCGUGACGAGCACCUCACCAUCUUCUUCGACACGGAGCAGCCAGUGCUCUCCACCGAGAAACAAAGUCUUCUCGAGCAAGUCAUUCCUGAGCGCUUCUUGCAGCCGCCCAGACGUUAA